UCAUCAGUCCAUCAGUGUCAUCAUUAGCAUUUCAAACUCGCUUCGACGGCGGAGCUCCAAACUGUGAGUCCAGAGAAGAAGAAGGGCGUGUCUGCCUGGCGUCCACACACACACACACCAAGACAGAACACCAUCCAUUAUAGGCCUAGUGAGCGUCUACUGGGGAAGGUGCAGCCACAGGGAGCGAGGGGGGGCUAACAAGACCUACCCAAUUGGACUGGCCCACCCACCCUGGUCAUCAUGGAGGCAGAGGUCAGCCAGCUCCGUCAGCAACUGGCGGAGGCGGAGCACAACACCGUCCUGGCAGCAACAUUUGGCAAGCAGCUCCUUGAGGAGAAGGACAAACUUGAGGAAAAGUUGGAGGCACUAGAGCAGGAGAAGCACUGCCUCUCCCUGAAGCUGGAAGCCAGUGUGAAGAUGGAGCAGUCACUGGUGGCUGAGGUGGAGCAGCUGAGGGAGCAACAGAGCUGCCAACUAGAGGUCUUGACAAGGACAACCCAGGCAGCUCAGACCCAAAAGCUGGAGAAACAUUUCAAGAAGAUAUUAGACCUGGAGUCCAUUGUAGGGAGUCAGCGUCUGGAGCUAGCAGAGAGCCACAAGAAGGCAGAGCUGCUGGAGGCUCAAGUGAAGGAGGCUCAGGAGAGACUUGAGAGUUUCAACAACCUCGACCAGUCUGUUGAUGAUUCCACUAGCAUUCUUCAGGCCCAGGUGACUACCCUUACUCAGGAGAAGCAGGAGCUGGAGAUGCUGGCUUCCUCCCUCAGGAACAAGCUUAACUCAGACAAGUACCGCCUGGAGCAGGCUGAGAGGAAGGUGAUGGACUUGGAGACAGCACUGGAAGAGAAGGAAUGCCAGUUCACCUCAUACUACAAUGCCCUAGAGAAAAACAAGGAGGAGAUGAUGGAACUGAAGAUGGAGAUCGAGAGCCUGAAGCUGGCAGAGACAGACCCAGGGAGGAAGGGCAACUCCCUGUUUGCUGAGGUGGAGGACCAGCGACAGGCCAUGGAGAGGCAGCUGGUCAACUACAAGACAAAUUAUAAUAUCCUCAAGAAGCAACAUGACUUCAAGGUGCAGCAAGUGGCCAAGCUCAAGCUUCAAGUGGCAUCACUGCUUAGUCUGAGCAACAACCGUGCUAGCUGGGAGUAUGUGAGUCACUUAGAAGAAUCACUGGCCUCAGCCCGGUCCCAGCUGGAGACUUUUACCAAGCGCUGCCAGGAGCUGGAGGAGGCACAGCAGACCAUGGCCAUUCCUGCAUGUGUGGAGGGUUCUGACGAAGUGGACCACAGUGCCAAUCAGCUCUUCAAGAAUCUGUACACCGAGAGCCAAAAGAAAAUCUCUGAUCUCAAGCAGUCCCUGCACCAGGCUGAGUUUGAUAAAGUGGUGCUUAGUGACCGCAUCCUUCAGUUGCAGCGGAAACUGAGACAGAUGGAGGCAGCACGUGAUGCUUCCCACGGCGAGGUGAUCAGACUGAGGGUCAAGCUGGAUGACCUCACCACCAAGAAAGGCACUGACUCUGCCAAAGAAAUGAAGCGAAGGGUUGAGAAGAUUCCUGGCUUUGAGGAGCAUCAAACGGCUUCCAGCACAGCUGAGACAGACAGCACAAUGUCAAGGGAGUCUGUGCCACUAAAGGAGAAGUUGAUAGACCCAACAACCAUGCAAGAAGUUGAGAAGCAGGCUGAGAAUACUGAAACAGAAGCCAGCUCAGAAGGGGAAAAGCAUGAGAAUGAAGAGAACUUGCCACCAGCCAAACUAGAGGUUAAGAAAAAGCCCAAGAAGACUGUACAGCUGACUGAGGUAGUGAUGGUACACGAGAUUGAUGGCCAGGUUCAAGAAACAAAAAUAAAACAGGAAGAUGGAGUGAAGAAGGUUGAAAGGAAGCAGAAGGUGCUAAAGAAGAUGGAGUGUCCAGUUACUAAAGUGAGCAAUAUCAACAGCGGUGAGGAAAGUGCAGAGUGCAAGACCCAGUAACCCUCAGGCAUGGACUUCACCAGGAUAAAAAAAAGUAUGCACCUUUAGUGACAUGAGUACUAAGCUGCUGUUAUAAGUAUUAAUGAUUACUACUUGUGUUGAAAGGCAGAUAAUUAACACCAUGGAACAGUGUCAGUUUGUACUACUAAUAUUCUAGAGGCUGGAAGGGGGUCUGUGUGCAUGAGAGAGGCAGAGAGUUACUCUUCAGAUUUGAUAAAUAUAGAGUCUUGGUUUGAAAAAAAGCUUGGGUAGACAUCUGGGAAGGUGGGCCUUCUCUUGUAAAAGCUAUUUGAAAAUUACAUGUUUGAAUGAAUUUUUUCUGCUAAAUUGCAUCUGACCAAAACUGAGCUUUCCCUGUA